UUUCCAUUGGAGGACGAAUGGACAGUGACAGCUCCGAAGACGAGGAGCUAGCGCUUCUUGCGCUUAAUUGUGGUGAUCGCCCGUGCCUAAAACGGUUCAACUUGGAUCAGCCAGCUACAGCUCCCGUGUGGAAAUCAAAGUUUCGCUAUGCAAAAGACGACACCCAGGCGCUGAUAGUGCACUUUCGUCUUCCCGAUCCCUUUCCGACAAGAUAGCGCUACCACGUUUCCGCAUUCGAGGCUUUGUGCAUCUUCCUCCGCAGGAUGGCGUACCCAGCCCGAUUGGAUGACCUCAAGGACCUUUUUGGACGUGAAACGGAAGCAAUCUCAUCGAUCUCGAACUCCGUACGCGAUUAUCUCAACCAUACUUUCUCUCAUCUAUUGCUAUUCGACUCAAACCGGCUAACGGAAGACACUCUGCAAGCCUACUCUAGAGCUGUCUUUGUGAAAGGGGCACCUCUUCACACAUGCGUAGGAUUUAUAGACGGUACCGUUCGUGUGAUGUGUCGGCCAAUGCAAAACCAGAAGUACGUUUAUAACGGGCAUAAGAGGAAGCAUGCACUGAAGUAUCAAUCGGUAAUUGCUCCUGAUGGAAUUAUCAUCCACCUCAGGGGUCCUUACGCAGGAACGCGUCAUGACGCUUUUAUUCUUCGAGAAAGUGGUCUUCUUGAGGCUGCUGCUGAGCAUCUCAAAUUUGGCGGCAAACAUGACGUUUUCUAUGGCGACCCCGCGUACGGUCAACAAGAUCAUAUUAUCGCGCCGUUUAAAGGUGCGUCGCUCGCAGAAGACGAACAGGAGUUUUGCAAGCGGAUGAGUGAGGUUCGUGUUAGCGUUGAGUGGGGUUUUGGCAAGAUCGUACGAUACUGGGCGUUUGUUGACUUCGCAAAAAACCAGAAGCUGCGCUUACAAAGGCUGGGGAAAAUGUAUGCCAUGGCAGCGUUUCUCUCAAACGUUGAUACGUGCGUCUGCGGCAGUCAAACAUCGACAUCUUUCGGCUUGGCGCCGCCAAGUUUAAGUGAAUACUUGCACAGCGGAUAAUACAACGC